AUGGCCUCCUCGCGCCUCCUCCGACGAUGCGCCGUCAUCUCGCUCUUGCUUGCGCUGCUGCUCGCCUGUGCGCCGCAAACCGUUCUCCUCCUGAAUCGCGCACUCGUCCUCAGCCUCGCGCUGUCGCCUGCUGUCCUGCUAUCGCCCGCGGCGGCGGCCUCCUCCACUAUCCAGCAGUGCCUCUUCCUUCCGGCGCUGCGGCACGCUCUCGGCCGUAGCGCCGCGCUGACAAAGUGGGGCCAGUGGGCGGCGACGCGGCCGGACCUCGUCCCUCCGUCUGUCUGCGAGGCGCUCUCCGUCCUGCACGCGCACGCGCCCGCCCACGCCGCCGCGAUCUCGCGCGCCGAGGUCGAGGCGGCCACCGGAGCGAGCAUCGAAGACUACUUUGACGCGUGGGAGGACGAGCCGCUGGCGAGCGGAUCCAUCGGCCAGGUCCACCUCGCACGGCUCACUGACUCGGCCAGUUCUGUGAUGCGAGACUCCUUCCUCCCACAGGUCCACCUCGCCCGGCUCAACGGCAGUGCGGUGGCGGUCAAGGCGGACUUCAGGCUGCUCGAGCUGCUUGCGCGCGCCGUCGACAGCGUGCCCGGCUUGCGCUGGCUCGACGCGCAGUCGACAGUGAAGCAGUUCGGCUGGGCGCUGCAGCGGCAGGCGUCGCUCGAGGAGGAGGCUCGCUGGCUGCGGCUGGUGGGUCGCAACUUCGAGGCUUGGGGCGACGUCCUCCUCCCCGCGCCUCUCUCGGCGUCGCCGAGUGUUCUGAUUGAGACCCUCCGAGGCUCUGCGCCGGCUGCCAGCGAAUGCCGCUCGCAGGCCGCUGGUCACCUCUCGGGUGGGUGUCCGUUGGAAGGCGUCGACAUCUACUACAAGAUGCUGCUCGCGGACAACCUGAUGCACGCCGACCUGCACCCCGGCGAGCCUGCCCACCGGCGCUGCGAACGGCCCGCCGACGGGCGGGGCGGGCUCGGCACCAUCGGGAUGGUCGACCUCGGCAUGACGGCGGUGCUCACCGCGAGCGAGCAGCACAACUUCAUCGGCUUCCUGCAGGCCGCCGUCGGGGAGGGAGACGGCCGCGCCGCGGCGCGGUGCGUGCUGCGCUGGGCUGGCGGCGGCGGCGGCAGUGGCAAUAGCCGAGACGCAGCUGAGAUCGGGCACAUUUGGGGGAGGCGUCUCUUCACCAUCGUCUGCCGCGAGCAGGAGACGCUCAGCCUCAUCCGCGAGCACCGAGUCGCCGUCGGCGCGAACUACGUCACGCUCGUCGUCAACGCGAUGUGCCUCGAGGGCAUGGCGCGCCAGCUCGUGCCCGAGUACAACGUGAUGGAUGCGGCCCGCCCGCUGCUCGUGGCGCAUGCCAAGCUGCCGCGCAGCAUCUUUGGCGCGAUCAGCCCAGCUGCGCGGUUUGCGAAGCGAGUGCACGAUCGCACGGUACUGCAGCGGUUGCUGCGCGAGGGCGCACGGAUUGCUCCGCGGGAGUAG